CUCUCUCUAGACAUAAAACUUUUUUCUUUACUUCAAAAAAGAAAAGAAAUGGUUAGGCAUUUCAAGAAUGCCGAUACACUUUCUAGGCUAUAUAGUACCGAAGCUGGUGUCUUGAUCAACCUCUCCGCUGCUGUUAGUCCAUGCUCCGACGAUGUGGUAAGGCAUUUCCGAAAAUCUAGUGCUAGGAGAGUAAGAUCUUCGACGAGGCAAACUAGGAUUCUCAAGAAUCAAGCCAAACUUGAUUGUCUCAUAGCAGAAUUGGAACAAAGCAAAGCAUAUGAGAAGGUUUUGAGGAAGGGGCAAGAACAAAACCUCAAAAACUACAAUAGGAAGGAGAUUUCAGAUCUAAAGUUAGAGGACCUGGUUGUUUUUAAGAAAAAACUCGAGAAUCUCCAAAAUGAUUUAGAGAAGAAGCGUGUAGUGCUGAAGGCUUCGUUGUCUCUCUUAUCUCUCUCGAAGAGUAAAAAUAAUAAGUAUUAAGAAGAAGAAGACGGGGCGGAGUUUUCUUCCCGACACAAAAACGAAUGAGCUCGUCCUAAAUUUCUCAGAACUAUUCAAAAUAAAAAGAUAUAAUCCCUUAUCUAUUGUCGCUCUUUCUUUUUCUUUUAAAUA